UCUAUUACGGAGGAGUUACUUUGUGUCUUGGUGAAGUCGUGAAGGAACACAACUACAAGUUGACGCAAAGGAGGAUUUGUCUGUGUAUGUACGGCCGCCUGUCGUAACCGCCGGCGCAGAUAGAGAUUCUAUUAUAUUCUAGCUCGGGACUGGAGGAGUUGUUUGCCUAAUUCAUCGACUGGGUUUCCAGUUUCUUGAGAAAUUCGAUGGCUUCCAGGUGUUUUAGGGCUAGCGAGCUCUUCUUCCCCAAAGCAGAGUCCUUGAUUUUGAAUUACGUUCCAUCCCGCUCGGUGCAUCUGCAGUCGCCCAACUGCGCCAGCUCUCUUCGAAUUGCUCACAUUAAUCGAUAUGCCGUUUUCUCCAGACGGCUUUCCACCAGACGAAGCCUCUGGGGGUCUACAAGAACCGCUUGCCCCUCUUCCUUGGGACAAGUCAAUGCCUUUCUUUCUGAUUUCCCACCCAAAAACCCCCAAGACCCUGUUCGUUUGCCCAAUGGGUUUGCAAUGUUUUCUACAGAUGGUGGUGCAUUGGGCAAAAAGCCACCUGUUAAGCAAGAGCAGUCUGGGAAAAUUGUCAAAGAAGGCUCGGGCAAUCAAAUAAACGACACAAGAAUUAUAGGCACUCUCGCAAAAUACCUGUGGAUGAAGGAUAAUCUGGAGUUCCGGUUGAGAGUGGUGGCCGCUUUAGGUCUAUUAGUUGGGGCCAAGGUACUGAAUGUUCAAGUUCCUUUUCUGUUUAAGCUUGCUGUUGAUUGGUUAACAACAGCAACUGGCAAUGCUAGCACACUGGCUCAGUUUACUUCUGCUAAUGCAACUGCUUUAGCUCUUUUUGUGUCUCCAGCUGCAGUUUUGAUAGGAUAUGGGAUAGCCCGGUCAUGUGCAUCUGCUUUCAAUGAAUUGCGAACAGCUGUGUUUUCUAAGGUGGCGCUUAGAACAAUCCGAUCAGUUUCUAGAAAGGUCUUUUCACAUUUGCAUGAGCUCGACCUGCAGUACCACCUCAGUCGAGAAACUGGUGGUCUAAACCGGAUCAUAGAUCGUGGUAGCCGUGCUAUUAAUUUCAUUCUUUCGUCAAUGGUAUUUAAUGUUGUUCCAACAAUAUUAGAGAUUUCUAUGGUAUCAGGUAUACUUGCAUACAAAUUUGGAGCACCAUUUGCAUUGAUCACUUCCCUGUCAGUGGCUGCAUAUGUUGCUUUCACAUUGACUGUGACACAGUGGCGAACUAAGUUUCGUAAGGAGAUGAAUAAAGCUGAUAAUGAUGCAAGCACUAGGGCAAUUGAUUCACUCAUCAAUUAUGAGACUGUGAAGUAUUUCAACAAUGAGAAUUAUGAAGCAGACAAAUACGAUGAGUUUUUGAAGAGAUAUGAAAAUGCUGCUUUAAAAACACAGCGUAGUCUUGCAGUUUUGAACUUCGGGCAAAGUGCAAUAUUUAGUACAGCUCUUUCUGCUGCUAUGGUGUUAUGUUCUAAUGGAAUCAUGAAUGGUGUAAUGACCGUUGGUGACCUGGUUAUGGUUAAUGGGCUCUUGUUCCAACUCUCUCUUCCACUCAACUUCCUUGGAAGUGUAUACAGAGAGACUAUCCAGAGCCUGGUUGACAUGAAAGCUAUGUUUCAGUUACUAGAGGAGAGGGCUGAAAUUAGAGACGCAGAUAAUGCAAAGGCUCUGAAGUUACAUGGUGGUGCCAUUGAAUUUGACAACGUUCACUUCAGUUAUUUAACAGAUAGAAAGAUUCUUGAUGGGAUAUCUUUUGUUGUACCUGCCGGAAAAAGUGUUGCUAUUGUAGGAACCAGUGGGAGUGGUAAAUCAACCAUUCUUAGACUACUCUUCAGAUUCUUUGACACCAAUUCUGGGAAUAUAAGGAUAGAUAGUCAAGAUAUUCAGGGAGUAACGCUUGAGAGUCUACGGAAAUCUAUUGGUGUUGUUCCGCAGGAUACUGUCUUGUUUAACGAUACUAUCUUCCACAAUAUUCAUUAUGGUCGCCUUUCAGCAACAGAAGAAGAGGUAUAUGAUGCUGCUCGACAAGCGGCUAUUCAUGAUACUAUCAUGAAGUUUCCUCAAAAAUAUUCAACUGUGGUAGGGGAACGUGGACUUAAGUUAAGUGGUGGUGAGAAGCAGCGGGUGGCAUUAGCUCGUGCAUUCCUCAAAUCACCGGCAAUUAUGCUUUGUGAUGAAGCUACAAGUGCACUUGAUAGCACCACCGAAGCGGAAAUCUUGGGUGCUUUGAAGUCUUUGUCAAAUAAUCGUACUUCUAUCUUUAUCGCUCAUAGGCUAACUACUGCAAUGCAAUGUGACGAGAUUAUUGUUUUGGAGAAUGGAAGAGUAGUGGAGCAGGGAUCACACGAGGCUCUACUGUUGAAGCAAGGAAGGUACGCGCAACUUUGGGCUCAGCAGAACACUUUGGAUGCUCUCGACACAGCCAUCAAACUCGAGGCUUGAAAGCGCAAGUAAGAGGGGAAGCUGCUUGGUCUGUUUGUACUUACUACAUCCCAUUGCCUUAAAAUUUACCCUUUGUCCAUAAGGGGUUCAAGGCAUGAAAAUUCUUUUUACCAUAUUUAUUCAAGUGUAAUCUCAAAUGGUGACAGUUGGGAAGUUUGUGGUUAGCACUGUUGUACUGGAAUUUCAAAUAUAUUUGUUUUUUGGGCUAAAAAGUUAUAAUAAAAGAUUUGUUCUCAUAUA